AUGUCUUCCAUGCUUAGAAAAGGUGGAAAGUCGUUCAAACCAAGUGCUCGCCCUCGACCAAAUCCUACCAGACCAUCUUCGUCGCAACCUGCAGCAAGACCAAGUUCCGAAACUCAAUCACAAGCACCAGUAUCUGCGACCCAACCAUCCAUCCCUACACCCACAUUGACUGAAGAUGUUGUGGAGAGAGAACCACCCCAAACUAUAAUUUCGGAACCAAUUCAAGUCACCCCUCAAUUACAACAUGCUCCGCCAGUUCAACCUCAGAUACCAAUCAUCGCCUCGAACGAUGACACUUCCGCGACCAUUAACAAUACAGCCAAAAGAAAAGUUAGAGAAGAUGAUGUCGAAGGCACCCUUCCAGUUGAGCGACCACCUACAAAAGUCCAAAAGUUGACCCCUCCCUCGGAUGAGGUGCAACAUUCCGGAACCAAUGCCCCAUUACAAACUGUUCCAACUGCGUCUAUGACUGUACCCAAAGAAGUGCCGGCACCUUCAAAUAACCAAAUUUUAGCAAAGCCAAGUCGCAAUGAACAAGAAGUUGUAGACAACGAAGAAUUCCCUCCAAUUAGCCAUAUAACUACGAACAAUGCUAUAACCGCAAAAGCCAUUCCAGCAAACCAAUCUCAACCUUCGAAUAAUUCUAUACCUGCAAUUUCUACAGAAGUCCCGCGAAUAAAUACCACAAUCGGCAGAACACGAGCACCUGCGUCUACUCCCACACAAGUAAUCGAUGGAAAUUUACAAACCCCACCCGCAUCACUCGAGGAUGCCGAUUUAUCUGGAAUGGGGGCGGGUGAGGCGAGUCAGACGUCUCAUCUAGUCUCUACAGUAACACCAACUUCCGAAGAGACACCUACUCCAGUUGGCGGAGAAGCAGCGCCAGCUGUCAAAAAGCCGAGAAAGAAGGCAGCGCCAAGGAAGAAGAAGGUCCAGGUCGAAGAUGGCGACGAAGCUAGAACUGAAGUCGAAAUCCAAUUGAAUAGGCCCCGUAAGACUGGAGGAUCGACUCGAGAACGCAGGAGCAAGGACGGUGAGGCACCAAAGAAGAGAAGAGAUCGAGAAGGCACUCCAGAAGAUGCGGAGAAUGAAGUCAUCGAACCUACGGUUAUGAAAAUGGCAGAUCUUUGUAAAGAUAUUCGGAUUGGCAAGAAGUUUAGUAGACAUGACGAACUCAAGCUAAGGCAUGCCCGAAAGAAGAUUGAUGCGCAAUUGGCCGAACAUCCCGAACUUGCAGGUCUAAUCAAUAAUGCGCCAUCUGAGAAUAACGCUGAGCCUGUUGAAGCGCCAGCUGCUGUCGUAAACAAUAACGGAUUACAAAUGCGAGUUAUAGACGGACAAAUUGUACUAGACGACCAAUCUAUGCAAGUCGAUCGACAUAGGCAAGCACGAAAUCCGGGUCAAGUGCUGGAAGAGAUAGAAGAAAACGAAUUCACAAGAGUGGUGAAUUCCGGGCAAUACAUGAAGCGUUCCGCAGCUGUGCGAUGGGAUUCAACUUCGAACGAAUUGUUCUAUCAGGGUCUUCGACAAUUUGGUACAGCAUUUGAAAUGAUUGCUGCGAUGUUCCCAGACCGCAAUAGAAGACAAAUCAAAUUAAAAUUUGUACGAGAAGAACGCCAAAAUCCAGCUAAAGUUGAUCGAGCUCUCAAAGGGAAGACAGACGAGAUUGAUUUCGAAGAGUACACUCAGCUUACAGGUCAGAAAUUCGAGGAUUCAGAAGAGAUCAAAGCAGAGCAACAGCGACUCGAAGAUGAGCACAAUGCGGAGCAAGAGAAAGUUGAAGCUGCCAAAGCGGCGGCUGAUAAGAGAAAGAAAGAAGCUAUUUCCAAAGCCGGAAGAAGAGGCAAUGGCGGUGCUAGUGAUGGUGAUGGUGAAGAUGGAAUAGAGUCACAAAAGGAGAACGCCGGUGCUGUUUUGGUCGGGAUGGGAAGGAAAAAGCCAGCCAAGUCUAAGAAGUCUAACAAAGCUUCUAUGCAAGGUGGUGGGGAGGAAAUAGAAAUCCUUGGUGAAGUAUAA